AUGGCCUGCUCCCGCCUCGCCGCCGCGGGGGCCUCUUCCCCCGCCGCCGCAUCGGUUCGUUCCCCGGCGCAUUCCCCAGCCGCCGCCGCCUUCGCGCGCCUCCGGUCGACGCCUCGUUUUGCGAGCGCUGGCUUGUCGGUUAAGGGAAACAGGGCGGCUCUUCCGUUGGUCGGCGCCGCGGGGCCGGCCGCGGCCCCGGCGCCGGUGGCCGACCUGGACGGCCGCCCGGCCACGGAGAAGCAGCCCAUCAUUGUCAUCGAUAACUACGACAGCUUCACCUACAACCUCUGCCAGUAUAUGGGGGAGCUUGGAUUGAACUUUGAAGUAUACCGCAAUGAUGAACUGACCAUAGAAGAUGUAAAGAGGAAGAACCCAAGAGGAAUACUUAUUUCUCCAGGGCCUGGUGAACCACAAGAUUCAGGAAUAUCAUUGCAGACUGUUCUUGAAUUAGGUCCAACCAUCCCAAUUUUUGGAGUUUGCAUGGGCCUGCAGUGCAUUGGGGAGGCAUUUGGGGGAAAGAUUAUCCGUGCUCCUUCUGGAGUGAUGCAUGGGAAAAGCUCUCCAGUUUAUUACGACGAGGAAUUAGGAAAGGCCUUAUUCAAUGGCUUGUCAAACCCUUUUACAGCCGCGAGGUACCACAGCUUGGUCAUUGAGGAAGAAACCUUCCCACAUGAUGCUUUAGAGGCUACUGCAUGGACUGAAGAUGGACUUAUCAUGGCUGCUCGCCACAAGAAGUACAAACACAUCCAGGGUGUCCAAUUCCACCCGGAGAGCAUCAUCACCCCUGAAGGCAAGAAAAUCAUCCUCAACUUCGUCAGAUUCAUUGAGGAACUGGAGAAGCAGCGUUCGUAG